GUGACGGAUCUAAUACCGUUAACGGAGUUGGAAGUGGGCGUUCUUCUUCUUCAAAAUUCUCUGUAGCUGUAGUAUUUGUGAUAGUUCUUUUUUAGUUCAUCAUACCAUCUUCGUAUUAAAAUGUUGCGAGAAAUAGUUGCACUUCUUUACUUCCUUAUUCGUGUUACGUUUGCGUAUUUAAAGGCUUUUUAUCGCUUGUUUGUCAGUCCAUCCAAAGUUCCUGUCCGUGGGCGGGUCGUCGUAAUUACUGGUAGCGGUAGCGGGCUGGGCCGGGAGCUAGCCCUUCGCUUUGCCGCUAAAGGAGCCCGGCUCGCACUCUGGGAUAUCAGCGUAUCAGGCAACAAGAAAACUGCUGAAUUAAUCCAGUCCGAGACUCCAGAUGCUGAGAUUCAUCUCUACACAGUAGAUGUCACAGAUAUAGAACUUGUGAAAACAUCUGCUUUAAGGGUAAGGAGUGAAAUAGGAGACGUUCACAUGCUAAUCAACAAUGCUGGAGUAUUGGUCGGAGAGUCUUUACUAGAGCUCAGGAAUGAUGACAUCAGACGAACCAUUGAAAUCAACCUUCUAUCUGUGUUCUGGACACUACGUGCAUUCUUGCCAGGGAUGCUGGAGUCCAAUUCUGGCCACAUCGUGACGACCUGCUCAGCAGGCGGUCAGAACGCGAUGCAUCGGCUCACCGAUUACUGCGCCUCUAAGUUUGGCAUCUUUGGUCUCGACGAGGCGUUGGAAUCAGAGCUAAGGGACGUCUAUCACAAGACCGGUAUCAAGCAGACCCUCAUCUGUCCUCACUUUCUGGAUACCGGUAUGAUACAUUCCAUCUCGGCAAGGGGGAUUGCAAUGAACAAAACAGACGAUGCAGCAGAUUAUAUCUUUGAUGGAAUCCUGAGGCAAAAACGUUAUAUCUACUUCCCAAGGAUAUUCUCAUUAGCACCUACUUUGAAAGAGUUACUUCCCCAUGAAGGCCGGCUUGCUCUUUUAGACUUCAUUCAGACUAAGAUUCCUUCCCAGAGUGUGAACAGACCCCAUUACGAUUGACUGUCCACAUGAUGAUACCAGGGUGACAUCUUGCACUUCUAGACUUCAUUCAGAUUCAAUUACUUCACAGAGUGUGAACAGACCCCAUUACGAUUGACUGUCCACAUGAUGAUACCAGGGUGACAUCUCGCACUUCUAGACUUCAUUCAGAUUCAAUUACUUCACAGAGUGUGGACAGACCCCAUUACGAUUGACUGUCCACAUGAUGAUACCAGGGUGACAUCUCGCACUUCUAGACUUCAUUCAGAUUCAAUUACUUCACAGAGUGUGGACAGACCCCAUUACGAUUGACUGUCCACAUGAUGAUACCAGGGUGACAUCUUGCACUUCUAGACUUCAUUCAGAUUCAAUUACUUCACAGAGUGUGGAUAGACCCCAUUAUGAUUGACUGUCCACAUGAUGAUACCAGGGUGACAUCUUACACUUCUAGACUUCAUUCAGAUUCAAUUACUUCACAGAGUGUGAACAGACCCCAUUACGAUUGACUGUCCAGAUGAUGAUACCAGGGUGACAUCUUGCACUUCUAGACUUCAUUCAGAUUCAAUUACUUCACAGAGUGUGAACAGACCCCAUUACGAUUGACUGUCCACAUGAUGAUACCAGGGUGACAUCUCGCACUUCUAGACUUCAUUCAGAUUCAAUUACUUCACAGAGUGUGGACAGACCCCAUUACGAUUGACUGUCCACAUGAUGAUACCAGGUUGACAUUUUGCACUUCUAGACUUCAUUCAGACUAAGAUUCCUUCACAGAGUGUGAACAGACCCCAUGAAGAUUGACUGUACAUGGUAAUACCAGGGUAACUUCUUUCACUUAUAAUCCUGUAUUCUGAAGUCGGGUUUAAUUUUAACUCUGGUUUUAAGUUGUGGUUUGACUAUGGAA